GAAAUCAAGGUAAUUAAUCUAGAAAUCCAAGCCUGGCAACUCUAGAGAAGGAGAGCCCGACAACAGGGAUAGAGCUUCAUCCCGAGACGGCAGGAGACGCCCGCCAGACCCUCAGACCUUCCCCACAGCUCACCGCAUCGCCUGCCGCUGCUGCAUCAUGGCUGAGCCGAAGCCCGGAGCACAGAUUAUCGAGGGGAAGACGAAGGCGGUGCACGAGAUAGAGGGCGACCAGUGGCACGUGCUGGUGGUCAACAAGGACAGGAUCACCGCGGGAGACGGCGCCAAGGCCCACGACCUGCAGGGGAAGGCCGAAAUCUCCAACGCCACCAACGCAAAGGUGUUCACGUUCCUCAAUGAAGCAGGGUUCAAGACGUCAUGGGUGCGGUCGAGCGGCAAGCAUACCUACGUGUCCCGGCGGUGUCAUAUGGUGCCUCUGGAGUGGGUGACGAGGCGCGUGGCCACGGGCUCCUUCCUGCGGCGGCACGCGGGGGUCACGGAGGGCUACACCUUCACGCCACCAAAACUGGAGACGUUCUUCAAGGACGAUGCGAACCACGACCCCCAGUGGAGCGAGGAACAGGUGCUGGAGGCGGGGCUGAAGGUGGGGAACACGGUGGUGGGGAGGCUUGAGUACGAUAUUAUGGCGCGAACAACAGUGGCCGUAUUCGAGGUGCUAGAACGAGCGUGGGCGGCGCUCGACUGUGCUCUUAUCGACAUGAAGAUAGAGUUCGGUAUCGACGCUGAGACGGGGGAUAUUCUGGUCUCGGACACGAUUGACUCCGACUCGUGGCGCCUCUGGCCCUCCGGUGACAAGCGACUCAUGAAGGACAAACAGGUGUACCGUAACAUGGGCACGGUGACGGAGGAGGGGCUGAGUCAGGUCAAAAGGAACUUCCAGUGGGUGGCGGACAAGCUGGACGCCUUCAUGCCCGAAUCCCGAGGCCUCGUGGUGGUGUUGAUGGGUUCUGCCAGCGACGCUAGCCACGCCGAGGCCAUCAAGAGCCACUGCGCCAAGCUGGGCGUCGCCUGCCACCUGCGGGUCACCUCGGCUCACAAGGGGACAGAAGAGACCCUCGCUAUCGUCGCCCAGUACGAGGCUUGCAGUCGCCCGCUGGUCUUCGUCUGCGUGGCCGGGAGGAGUAACGGGCUGGGUCCUGUUACCUGUGCCAACACCUGCGUGCCCGUCAUCAACUGCCCCCCGCUGAAGGCCGAUAGUGUCUCCCGCGACGUGUGGUCCUCCCUCAGCCUCCCCUCCGGUAUGGGCUGCGGGACGGUUCUGUAUCCCGAGGCCGCCGCCCAGACCGCCGCCACCAUGCUGGGCCUCACCGACCACGUCAUCUGGGCCAAGCUCCGAGCCAAGCAGCUCAAUUUGUGGGUGGGGCUCAAGCACGCGGACCGGGACAUGGCCGUGAACAACCACUAAGGGGAUCGCACUCGCCUGACCCCACGUAGACAUUAAUUUUAGUGUGAAGCGGAUAAAUGCUGUAUGGUAAAUGGGUGUGUUCAUAUAGCUGUACCCUUGAAGGCAAUCCACCCAGCUGACCCCAUAUAGACAUAAGUGUGUGGCGAUUGAAGACUGUAUGGUAAAUGGCAGUUCUUCAUAUAGUUGUUCCCUUGCACCUGUACCUCUCACAAUGGCCUCUGUUAAUCAGCAAGCGUUUAGUAUACUGUAUACACUAGCAGAAUAGUUAUAGCGAUGUAAUGUAAUGGAUCUAUGUAUAUGAACUAUACAUUGGAGUGAGAUUUAUUUGUGAAUGUAGCUGUCCAGUAAGAAAGAUUGGGCCAGGCAAUUAACCAUUCACUUCGUCUUCUCAUACUUACAUACCAAAAUAAGGGAAACAAUAGGCACCUCGUUAAAGGGACCAUGACCACCAUAUCAUAUUGUUGUUAAGUUUGUUGAAUAAAAGGAUGCACUGUAUAA